AUGGAUCAGCUAAGGGAAGUUGAAUAUGAAGCAAAAGCUCUUCCUACAAUGACACAAAAAAGGGUUUUGACCGACGAAAAUUGUAUUCGUGCCAUCAAUGACCUAUCUGGGGACGGAAAUAUUGAGAGUAUGCUUUCAGUUGAAAUGGAUUGCUUAAAGUUAGAAGAUGUUUUGCUGGCACUAGCCAACAACGUGGUUUAAAUUUAAUUUGACAAUCCAUCCCCCGGUAUGCUUCCCCUUUUUAGUUGGAUGUGCUAAUACGGCUUAAAGGAAGUUUCAUUAUUUUCAUUUCUUAUUUUGAAUCAAUAACACCAAAAGUUUUACCAUCUGCCUUCUUGCAGUUCCGAAACUGUAGUAAAUACGUCUAAUAAGGGAGGAGGGAGUCGUUCCCUCCCAACCCACCGAACCCAAUGAACCCACUGCCACAUCAGCUUUUUUCUUUGAUUUUUCUUCAUCUUUCCCAACCCACAACACACGGAAAUCCUAUCUUUCUCAACCCACUCAACCCACUCAAUUAAAAAAAAUACAAAAUAAUCAAGGUAAAAUCUUAAUUAGCAAUAGAGUUAUCGCCAGUACCACUCUCUCUUUAGCCGGUUGUUUAAUUGGUUUCACGAACCCACUUCAUCCUCUCUCUCUCUACUUUCUCUCUCUCAUUUUCUCUUGUACCGUGUGUUUUAAGAUUUGUACCUUAGUUGUUUAGUAUUUUUUUUAAUUUGAGUGGGUUGAGAAAGAUAGGAUUUCCGUAUGUUGUGGGUUGGGAAAGAUAAGAAAAAUCAAAGAGAAAAGCUGAUGUGGCAGUGGGUUCGGUGGGUUCCCCUCCUCCCCAAGGACCAAAAUUGAAAUGUGAUUGCUUUAUAUUGAUAAAAAUCAUCUGAACUCCAAAAUUGCAAUAUGGUGUGGUUGUUUCCGCAUGGGCGUUUUUCAUGGAUGUCGAGUUGAACGGCUGAUAGGAGACCUGGAAAUUGGUUGUAUUUCUAACCUUAAUGGACUCCUUUUCCAAGGACAUGCUUGAUGGGAUUUCACUAUUGGGUAGGAAGGCAAUUGCACCUUAGCCCAUGGACUGCACAACAAGCACAGGAUCAAGGAUUCUCUUCUCUAUACGAGUCACCCUAACUUGGUUUUCACCCUUUCACUUAUUUAAAGAAGGUUUUAUACCUAGCCGAAAUUGUUGCUCUUAGCUGGCUUGGACCAUAAGAAAUUUGGCU